AUGCUCGCUGCUUCUAUAAUCCUUUCAACCCCCAUCUCUCCCAUUGCGGCUAAUUCCCCCAAUGUCUUUCCGGUCACCCAUAAAACUCUAUCUGAGAGUGUCUACGAUGUCCUGAACUUGACCCUUAGGUUCGGUGAGGAUGAACGCUUCUGGUGGGAGACGUCCGGCCGCAUCCUCGCAAACAUGUUCCAGCACCUGGGCUACAGUGUAACUGUCCAGUUCCUCCACAUGCUGUUUUUCCAUGUUCGCAUCCUGCCGUUCAUGGGCCCGCGUCCAAACUGGCAGAAUAAGCCAGUGUUCAAAUCAUAUAUGACCGAUGACCACACCCCCAUAGAAGUCAGUUGGAUUGUUGGUCCUGAGGGCUCAACCACCGUGCGCUAUGCGAUCGAACCCAUUGAGAAGAGCCUAUUCGCCAAGAAAUCAGCCGCGCUCAGGAUGGUCGACGAGAUGCGCCCUGUAGUGAAUCAUCUCGACCUCAGCUGGUUCUUCUUGCUGGACAAGGUGUUGGUUUGGCAUGGGCAGACCAAUGCUUUAGGCACCAAACAUCUUACUCAAUAUUUUCUUGGCUUUGAUUGUUCUCACACCGGUGCCAUCACCCUAAAGGCAUACUUUCUACCGGAGAUCAAGGCCGCGCUGACGGGUGUCUCGAAGGAAAUGCUUACGAUGCACGCACUCAAGUCGUUGGAUGCUGAGUUGACAAUUCCAUGGAAAGCUAUCAUUAUGUACUUUAACACGCUUCCAUCUUCUAUGAGGCCGGAUAUCGAGAUCCUUGCGACUGACUGUGGGGCGCCUGAGGACAGCCGCAUCAAGGCGCUUGUCGACCUCUGGCGCCUGGUCAUGGGCGUCGACACCGCUAUGCCAGACUGGAAGGAGCAGCACCUGGUGUCGCCCUCAUCGAACAACAACCAUAUCACUUGUGGGUUGCUGCUUUACUACGAGCUGAAACCAGGGUGCGCACAGCCGUUGCCGAAGGUGUACCUGCCCGUGCGCCACUACUGUACAGAUGACCUCGCAGUUGCACGCGGGAUGCAGGCGUUCCACCGUGCACGAGGCAACACGCUGCUCAAUGGGUAUGUGCGGGAUGUGGAGGCCAUCUUCGGGCGCCACCGCCCGCUUGGUGUGUGCACGGGCAUACACACGUAUGUCUCGCUUGCAAUCAAGAGGAAGGAGUUUGAGGUGACGAGCUAUUUCAAUCCAGAGGCGUAUGGGCCUGAGCGGUUUAGCCCGUGA